CGAAAAGCAUGCGGAUCAUGAAGAUGCAGAAGGCCAGGGGAAAGGCUAAGUAGAGGUCCUCCACCUGAGGGAAGGUGGCUUCUUCGGUGUUCUUCAGAUCCGCCCAAGUGACAUUGUGGGGCAGCCAAAACCUCUCGUUCCAGAACCAAGCCAGGAUCCCUGCCAUCUUUGCUUUGUCUGGCUCAGCUUCUUCCCCCUCCCAACCCCACCUCUCUCUGGAUAUUAUUAUUUUUUUGUUGCUUUCCUCCCCGCUUGCCGCCGCCGAAGAUGCUCAGCCGCGCGCGGGUGCCCGCCGAGCUCAAUGUUUAUAGCUAAGCCGUGUGCCUUAGGCUUAAAAGUCCAAGCCAAUGGACCACAGAAGGCUCAGCCUAAUGCUAUUCUUGAAAAAGUCUUCACUGCCAUCACAAAGCAUCCAGACGAGAAGAGGCUGGAAGGGCUAUCCAAGCAGCUAGACUGGGAUGUGCGCAAUAUUCAGCGUUGGUUUCGACAGAGACGCAACCAGGAAAAACCAAGCAUUCUUAGGAAAUUCUGCGAGAGCUUGUGGAGAUUUACAUUUUAUCUUUACAUAUUCACCUAUGGAUCCCGGAUCUUAAAAAAGAGUUCUUGGCUGUGGAACACAAAGCAGUGCUGGAUUGGCUACCCAUAUCAGCCAUUGAUGCCUGAGAUUCAUUACUACUAUAUACUUGAACUGGCAUUCUAUUGGUCCGUAAUGUUUUCUCAGUUCAUUGACAUCAAAAGAAAGGAUUUUAGCAUCAUGUUUACACAUCAUAUUGUGGCAGUCAUGUUACUAAUUAUCUCUUACGUAGUCAACUUCACACGAGUUGGAACCCUGGCUUUGUGUCUUCAUGAUGUUGUUGAUGUCGUGCUGGAGGCAGCCAAAAUGGCAAACUACUGCAAGUUUCAAAAACUCUGCGAUUUCCUCUUUCUUAUGUUUGCUAUUAUUUUCAUUAUUACUAGACUUGGAAUAUAUCCUUUAUGGAUACUGAAUACCGUAUUCUUCGAACUGCCUGAAAUUGUUGGUGGUUUUCCUGGCUUAUCAAUCUUUGUCAUUUUACUUUUGAUACUUCAAAUUCUCCACUGCUUUUGGUCCUAUUUAAUAAUAAAGGCAGCCUAUAAAGCUAUUUUGAAAGGCAAGGCAAAAGAUGACCGAAGUGAUGUGGAGUCCAGUUCAGAUGAGGAAACCUCUACUCUUCAGUCAAAGACCUCCCAUAGCUCAGCUACCAUCAAUGGGACAAACGGAACAAACGGGUAUCUCACUGGUAGCAAUUCUGCAGAGGAAUAUUAAUCCUUGGAGUAUACACUGCUACGUGAACUGUUUGCUACAGAAAACAAAUAAGUUGUGAAUGCAGGAGUUGAUUUUUUUUCUCUCUCUCUGUUCUUCUUUCCUUCUUUUUCCUGUGUAGGGGGGUUUAAAUCUCAGAAAAAAUAUCUACACACACUUGGAAUAUUUAAAGCUUCUAAUACCACAUUGCUUUAUUUCCUGUUUGUAAAUGACAGCGCCACAUGAUUUUCUGUAUGUAGGCAUGCUGUAUCUAUCUAUAUAUCUCUCUGACCAGAUGGGAGCAGUAUUUUCUUCAGUAGUUUUUGAGUAUUAUUUACUUUAUAUCUUACUUUGAGAUGACUUCCAAAUGAAAAAGAAAACUUCCUUAAGAUUCUCUUUUGGACUUCAUUAGGAUUAAAGAUUGCCAGGUUAAAGAUGGGGGCGGGAGGGUUGUGCUUGGUUUCUCUAGCCAGUAUUCUGAUAUUGUAGUUGCCUGCUAAGAUUUCACUUAUUGCAAAAUCACACAAGUUUGUGAUUCUUUCUAGAUAUUUUUUUUUAAAUGAGAGGGAAGUUUCUUUUUGAUGAAAGAUGCUGACUUUAGAACUUGCUGGUACAAUCACAAUUGUUAAUUCCUCUUCCAUUUCAAAAUGUUAUCUUGAUAGUUUUAUGUAACAGAGUCAGUUUGACCAUUCAUUUUCGUUCACUAUGCGUGCUAUAAGAACACAUUUUUAAUUGAUUUAACCCUUAGUGGCAAAUUUGUUUUGGCUUCCAGCUAAAUGAACUAACUUAUCUUCAACAUAGGUUCCUAUCUUGCAGAUUACCUCAAAUUUUCUGUUUGGAUCCAUUUUUCAAGCAUGUGCAAUCGAACUGGUAUUAUAAGCACCAGCUUAUAAUAAUUAUAAUAUUUAUUUCUUGCUUUUACUUUCUUAUUAUUUACAAUAUUCAUUUCCUUCCUUUGGUAGCCCUUCCAGAUGUUCAAAAAUGCUGUGUGGAGUCUGAUGAAACCAUUCCAUUGCCUCGUCCUGCGUAUCAGCCACAACCUGAGCUGGGAUGAUUCAUUCAAUUACCAAUCAGUUCUUUUGUUGCUAGUCCUUCCAGUCAGCCCAGAGUUGGCUGGGAGACUGUCACUCCUUUCCCAGCUUUACCUUUAUUUAUAUAUUUAUUUAGCUGAAGUGAAAACUACCCAUACAUGGCACAGGUAGAAGCAGUACCACUGUAGAUAAGUCAGGAGGAUUGUAUCUCACAUGCAUUCCUGUGAUAUAUUUUUUAACACAAACUCACCUUUGCAAGAGAGUGAAACCAGGCUCUUCUGGAGCUUUUUAUGUUGCAGAAGGGAGAGCAGUCCCCCUCAAUUAUCUUCAUAGCUGUAUUAUAGGAAAAAAAAUACCUUAGGGUUAGAGACCUUGAUAGUCAGGGAAAUGGGGAGAGGGGUUUCUUUUCUAAGUAGAAAUGCACUCACAAAUAGGGCUUCCACACAAAGUUUGUAGAUACCUAGUUUCAGCUCCACCAGGACUUACAGUAGUUUGUCAAUCAAAGAUAGCGCCAACCAUCUCAGUAGCCUUUUUUGGUGGAGCGGCUUGUGGGCUAUUGUGAGUAAGAGUGCGGAAUCUGCUUUGCCAGUUAGUUGCACAGGUCACAUCUGGAACAAAUGGUAUGAAUUUCACAUUGAUGCUUUUUCAAAACUAUUUUAGAAGAUAUACAUUUAGCUUGGCCCAAAGCCACCUGCGCCAAAGUUAGCAUUGAAAGAUCUAGCACAAAGGAAAGAACAGCAACUGGAAAGAAUGUCUUUCUAGAAAUAAUGUGGGCUCUAGAGGCAUGAUGUAGAGGAGAGACUGAAUUAUCUAUAGUGCUAGUUUUGAUGCAACACAGUAAAAUGCCCAAUUUUUUUACAUUUACUGUUGGUGUGGCAAGACGAGUGGCUCAUUUGAAUGGGUAUUAUCUUACCAAAAACCUCCUGCUUAAGAGGCACUUGCUUUUGAUUUAAAUGAGCCAGAAAUGAAUUGUAAGCCAGUUUGGGAAGGUGGUCUGUUUUAUCUUUUUGUUUGUUUAGUUUUUUGCUGCUGCAUAUCUAUAGCUUGAGAAAAGUUGAAUAGUAUUUUACCUGACUUUAUUAUAUGGGAAGAGCUUUGGAGGGAAAAAGAAGACAAAAUAAUUUAUUGAUUACCAUUUAUAUGAAGAAAGUGUUCAUAUGACUGUUUCUGAAACCAACCCGGUUGGUAUUUUCUGUUUUCCCAAUAGUUGUAGGUAUGCUGGUCCCCAAUCUUCCAGAUGUUUUGAUUUGUUGCACAGGCCCCAAGGUAUUUUAAGUCUUAAGAUGGACUCUGGUCACUUGACUAUUCUGUUCAAAUACAUUGGCAAAAAACUAAAACAAAAAAACAGUUACUUGUGUGGCCAAAAAUCUCUUGAAAUGUAAAUAUUGAAAACAUUCCCUUAUGUUUUCUACGUAACCCAUCAAUAGCCCUGUCCUCAAGAAUUUAAGAAAGGGGAAAUUAACAGGAGUUGUGAAUUAGUAUUAAUACCCUCCCGGACAUCCGUUAAAACUUAAUUGGUCCCAGAGUUUCUAUUUUUAUUUAUAUAUUGUCAUUCCAAAGCUGUCACCCUUUGACUCAAGCUCAACUCUUUGAUGCUAGGCUGAAGACUUUUGAGCAGAUAGAUUACAAGGGUCGCAACCAAGAAUAGAACCUGAGUCGUGAUAAAGUUAGAUUAUCAAAAUAAAUAUGCGUUUGAUGUUCUUUCAGUUAGUUAGUAUUGCAAGUGAACACUAAUUCAGAGGGUUGGCCUGUUUAAUCCCAUGUCCAUAUAAACAUUGCAAUUACAUAAAUAAAAGAAAGAGGUUCCGACUUCACUAGUUGGCACCUCACGGACUAAAAAAGUGUUAGAUAGUAGAGUGUUAAGGCUAUAAAAUAUAAGUAAACAAUGUUAAGUCACAGGAAAAUUGGUCUCUCUUAAUGCCAUGAAGACUCCACUGGAAAGAUGCCCCUUCUUGCACUCUAGGGCUUGUAAGAAAAUGGGGAUAGUGUUCACAAGUAUAUAAGUUCAAUGUUCUCCUAUGAUUGUGCCUGCAAAGAGCCCAAGUCAAAAUAAGGAAUUAUUCCCAGGAAGAAUUCCUAGAAUCCAUCUGGUAUUCCUUUGCCGCUAACAAUAUUUUUUCAUGUAGCUUCUUUAUUUAAAAAAAAAACACCCAAGUUUAAAAGGUCUUAUUUGUAAAAGCUGUUUGGUCCCUUUUUGCACUAGAGUAAGAAAUGCAGUGGCUGGAGUGUGUAGAAUAGGAAAAAAAAUGGAAGAAAACUCUCUGGGAGUUAGUAGCCUUUAGAUUGACUGAAUGUUUUAGUAGCCAGCCCUGGAGUAGUGAAGUAAGAUCUAUAAUUGUGUACAUUUAUUCUGUUAUCAAAUAACAAUGGAACACACUAAAAUAAGUAACAGUGUGUUUUUUUAAAAAAGAAAGAAAGAAAAGAAAAUAUUGGCUACACAUCUGAAAGGCGAACGUCUCUUUGGUGUACAUCCAGUUAAGUUGGAAGUGUGACGCCUUACCUGCAGUUUCAAUCCAAACUGUAGAGUGCCAGAUUAAAAAUGCCAAAAAGAAAUUAUACACAUAUCUGUUGUCAUUUUUGAGUUGGUUCAAGUAGCUUUCUCAUUCAUUGCCUCUUUGAUGCAGGUUGCCAUUUCCUAUGGUUUACCUAAGAUCCAACAUAGAGGUCUGGGUGACUUUAUCUUUGCGCUCAUCUUGUAAUUCAGCCCUUACACAGACAACUUACUCCUUUCCUCUCUUAUAUCCCCAAUUUCUACUGUUUUUAAAUAGUACCAUUAAUUGGAGCGUAAUCACAUGCACUAGUUCAUACUGAAAAUUUAUGUACAAUGGAGGGAAAGGUGCAUACAUCCCAGAAUUCACUUCCUCUCUCUUCCUUGCACAUUCCACACAAAAAAAAUACACAUUCCUCAUUUUGUUUAAGGAGAAAAUAUUAGAUAUUAGUCGCUAAUGACAUCUAGCUAGGAGCCAUUCUUCUGAGAAGCAUUAACGUGUGUUUUCCUCCCUACUCCUGUCACAUGCUGAAGCGGGUUUCUUCCUUGUAUCUGACAAAUGGAGGUAGGUCUCUUUCAUCUUCUAGCAGAAUAAAAACUCGAGUUGGGAUUAUUAGACCAGGAGAUUAACCAUCCGUUUUCACACAUGAUCCAAUACAUUUCUGGGAUCCUAGAGGGCCUUCUUCAGACUGAUGGCCUAUGAAGCUAUGCUUUGAUUCCAGUUAUUCCACAGCUGGAAUUGAGCGUGGUUGUGUGCUCAAUGAAUGCUAUAGUUUCCCAUAAAUGAUGGGCAAAUUAUUAUCUAACUGAAUGCCGGUUUCUUUAGCUUGUCUUACACACUAUAUAAAAAGAUAUACGUUACACAGUAUGCUGAUGGUGCAGGUCAAUUAGACAGCCUGUCAUCACUUUAACAAUACAUGCCAAAAGUUGGCAUUUAGGUCUAUUAAUGUGCAUUCUUCUCAUCACAAAUUAAUAGGUGUGUGUAUGUGCAGGUGUGUUUGUGUGCAAGCAUACAUAUACACACACACAUAUGUACACAUAUUCACCAUAACAUAAACUUUGUUUUUCUGUAAGAAGCAGAUGGAAUAGUUUCUUCUCUCUUGUUAUUAAUAAUUAUUUCAUUAUUGUUUGCUAUGUUCUUUGUAUUCCUGGAUUCUCAUAAAUUAAAAGUUCUGUAUGCUGCUGUGGGAAUGACCAAAAUAUUCCAAAUCCAGCCAUCUGGAAAUCAAAAACAAUCAAAAGGGCUCUUAUUCUACUACAAGAGUCUUCCUUGGAUACAUGGGAUGCUGCUGCUAAACUGCCCAGCUUUAGUUUCUCUCUUUCAGAAUUGUCUUUGAGGUUUUGGAGAAGCUUUCUUGGUGUAGGUUCCAUCGCAGCAUGUUUUUAACUGAAAUGAAAAUUAAGUGCCUGGCUCAGCUUUGCAUACUUGGGAAAUGGCUUCCCUUUGUUUUUCAUGUUGGUAGUAUUUAUUUCGACCUUCGCUUUAGCCUUGCCCAUUAGUGCUACAAUAAGGUGAUCCUAAUCAGAGGUUAAUGACAAUCAGAUCAAAACGAAGUUUGAUUCAAGCAAAUCUGAUACGGUGGAGGUGGGGGGGGGCACAACAGGUGUGCAUGGAAAGUGCAACCUACCGCAAAAGGGAACAUCCUUUUUGUGCCAUAUUCAGUUGGUCAGCUCAGGACCAAAAGUGGUAAUUUCCCCCGCUGAGAUUUCAAGACAAUCGAAGAGUCUGAGAAAUUCCUAGAACUAUCAGAACUUAACUGGCAUAUUCCAUGGUCAAAAAGAGAACAAUGUGUGUAGCCUUGGAUUUUGCUUCUUUCUCCUUUUUUGUCGUAAAUAUAAAAAUAACCAUUCUUCUGAAAUUCUUGGAAUCAAUCAAUCAAUAUUGUGAAUUUAGAUUUGAAAACACUUUCAUAAUAAACACUAAGCA